CAAAUCCGUCGAGCAGAACCAAAUCCGUCACGACUCCACGAGCACUCGAGCAGGGCAACACGGGUUCUCGCGGCCCACCUCAUCGAGCAUUCCGCGUCAGAUCGGAUCGAAUCCUCCGGCGGCGGCGGCUGCGGUGAUGGCGGCGGAGAAGCCGGCCCCGGCGAAGGUGCUCUACUGCGGCGUCUGCGGCCUCCCCGCGGAGUACUGCGAGUUCGGCCCCGACUUCGAGCGCUGCAAGCCGUGGCUCCGCGCCCACGCGCCCGGCGUCUACCCCGACGAGCUCGUGGCCUCCUCCUCCGGCGGCGAUGAUAAGGACGUCGGCAAGGUCGGCGAGCGCCUCCAGGGCGUCAGCAUCUCCCCCGCCGACGGCUCCUCGAGCUCAGGGGGUGCCUCGGCAUCCAAGACUGAAGAGGUGAAACGACUGCCGGGUGGUAAGCUCAAGAAAAAGGACAAGCAAGAGGUUAUUAUUGAGAAGAUUGUCCGCAACAAGCGCAAAUGUGUUACCGUGGUGAAAGGCCUGGACUUGUUUGGUGUAAAGCUGAGUGACGCUUCGAAGAAGCUUGGAAAGAAGUUUGCUACGGGAGCUUCGGUGGUCAAGGGCCCAACUGAGAAGGAGCAAAUCGAUGUGCAAGGAGACAUAUCAUAUGAUGUUGUGGAUUUCAUUACAGCUACAUGGCCUGAUGUUCCUGAAUCGGCCGUAUAUUUCAUUGAAGAUGGAAGGAAGGUUGCUGCUGCUUGAUUGAAUAUGGUUUACAAGGCAAUACACCAGUGGAGUUACAAAUAUGAUAGAAAUAUAAGGCAAGAGAUGGCCGUUAAGGCAUGCCUGUCACAUGGGUUCUUAAUCCUUACUCCCAAGACACAACUCGCUCCAUUUUGACUUGUGGGUCAGUUCACAAGUGGUGUUUUAACUAUCGCUGGCACGUCGCCUUCGUGUAUCAUGUUUUAUUUGAUAGUCGAGUUUCUCCUGCAGGCGAGUAUGACAUCCAUAUGUGGUUUAUAUGUUUAAUUAAUGCGCUUUUGAAUCCUA